AUGAGUGAGAUCUUUGAAAUAAAAUAUCCAAAUUCCUCUACUGAUCCAGUGUUAAUGACAUCAACGUAUAUCAUCUGGAACAAAAAGGAAGCCUAUGUCUCAGCUAAAGUCACAUUUGAUUAUUUCACAGCAAUAUCAUUCAGAUACAAUGGGUUGUCUGUGGCUUAUCUCAUCUUUCUACUGCUUAUUCCACUAUUUCCCAAGCCUACAGCUGACACAAUGAAAGACUACAGAUGGGAGGACUUGCUUGGUCAUUUUGGAAUUCUCAGGCUCAGCAAAAUUGAUGCUGGAAAUAUCAUCCGCCUACUGGCUCCUGAUAUUGGAAUGUUUUUCACUGGAUUCAUGGUUAGAAGGCUUUGUAAAAAACAGUUGAAACCUCCCAUUUCCAAAAUGCAGCUUCCUUCUGAAGAUCAGGAGCAGGCGGAGGAAGAGGACGGUGAGGAGGACGAGGAGGAGGAGGUGGACAAUGAAACAGAAGCAGGAGACAGUGAGGAAGAAGAGACCGACUAUUUUUCUGAAGAGGAUUUGGGAAAAGAGGCAGGUGACCAAAACCCAGGGUUCAUUCAGAAAAUCACUGCAUUCCUAGCAGGCUUGAAAAUCAUAUUUGAAGCCAUCCUGACCAGCGCUGGAAAGGUGGUAGCCACUCUUCUAUUAGGCUUAGCAGGUAUAAUUUUGCCUUCUGUGACUUCUGCUGUCUACUUUUUCACCUUCCUGGGCUUGUGCUCCUGGUGGGCUUGUCAUCGUCCCAUUACCUUGGCCACCUUCAGCAGCUUGUGCGUGAUGAUGGCUAUAUUCAGUGCAGGUCACCUUGUGGCCCUAUACCUGUACCAGCUGCCGUACUUUCAGGACUUGGUUCCUCCUGAUGACAUUUAUGCCAGGCUCCUGGGGAUGGUGGCACUCAUCAAGCCAAACGCCACAGAAAUCUGGAAGCUACAGAUUCAUUCUGGAUUAAGCUGGCCUGUGUUUUUAAAUCCUCUUUUGCUGCUUGUAUUAUAUUAUUCACUGGUCAUGUUGCUACAAGAGUGGGCUCUAAUUCAUAAGGAAUGCAAAGAGGACAUCCACUCACCACCAGAAGAGCAGAGUGAAUUGGAGAUGGACUCCGUGCUCUGGAUGGCAAAGAAUGAGAAGAAAAUGACUCUUCAAUCAUCUUCACCUGUAUUUGUACACUUUACAUUUCUUCCAGAGGAGAACACCUCCCCUGAAAACACAGACGCUGAUGAGACUGGGACCAGCAGUAUGGCAGUACUGGGGCAGUUCAUUAUGAAUCAAAGUUAUGUCAGUGCACUGAUUGCCAUGAUGGUUUGGAGCAUCACCCAUAACAGCUGGCUGACUUUUGUUCUGCUGAUUUGGUCUUGUAUCAUUUGGAUGGUUCGUGACCGGCGUCGUUAUGCCAUGUGUAGCUCUCCAUUCCUUGCCAUCUAUGGGACUAUCCUGGUGAUCCUCAAUUUCUUCGUAGGGUUCAAUAUUUCACAAGAAGAGCUGUUUCCUGAAAUUCCAACAUCCGUGCUCACUGACUUUGAUUUAGCACCAUACUCUUUGCCUUGCGUGCAUCUUGGUGCUAAGAUCUUUUAUGCAUUCACAUUCUGGCUAUUGCUAAGGCAGCAUAUGAUCAAAAGACAUAUGGAGGAGAAGCAAGAAACUCUCACUGAAGUGACAGUGGAUGAGAAUGAAAAGGAAGUUGCACACAGUCCUCUGGUGGAAAUCUUUGGCUCUCUGAUAAAAGAAAUGCUGGUGAAAUAUUGGAUCUAUUUCUGCGCUGCCAUGUUUUUCAUUGUCAGUUUCAAUGGCAAAGUAGUGGUCUACAAAAUUCUGUACAUUGUGCUUUUUCUGUUCUGUGUCACUUUAUAUCAGGUUCACUAUGAAUGGUGGAGACUAAUUCUGAAGUAUUUUUGGCACACUGUUGUCUCCUAUUCAAUGGUGGUCCUCAUUGCUGUGUAUGCCUACCAGUUUAAAACCAUUUCUGGGUUCUUGAUCCGGAACUUGGGACUCUCAGAGGAAGGGUUAAACGAUCUGGGUCUUGAACAGUAUGAAACAGUAGACCUGUUUGCUAAGAUUUUGCUUCCUUCCACAUUUCUCCUGGCCUGCAUCCUUCAGCUUCAUUACUUUAGUGAGGAUUUUCUGAAGAUCACUGACUUGAGUAAUAUUCCCAUCAAGCCUGAAUGUCAUUCUGGCAGGCUUAAAGAAAGCAUUUGGAAAGUACAAAACAGGCUGGCAACCAAUGAACAGCAUGGUGAAAAUCAAACCACCUUGGACGCAACAGAGAUUACAAUGGUGGAUGAAACCAUGGGGCAGGCUCAGCAGGAGAAAUCAGUGGAAAAGCCUAAUAAAUGGAGGCUGGUGAUCGACAAGUUGGCUUCUCUUCUCCUGCAGCUUUUGGAAAUGGUUCAUAAAACUCAGGUCUUAACAUGGAGAGUCCUAGAGCUGCACAUCCUUAAAAUCGUCUCCACUUGGGUCAUCUGGAUCACACUCCAGGAGGUAUCGUUGAUGAAUUACCUUUUCUUUGUCCUUUGGGUGUUUGCACUGCCCUAUCCCAAGCUCCGGCCUUAUGCAUCAAAGAUCUGCACAGUGUGGUCUUGUGUGAUGGUUAUCUGUAAAAUGAUGUACCAGCUGAAAUUUGUCAGGCCACGUGACUACUCCUCGGACUGUAACCUGCCAGGUGAGCAUUCUAGAGCACUGAGCCUGGACGAGCUGUUGAAGAAAUCAGUGUUGUAUGUUGCUCCCGUUGAUCCUGCUGAUUGGUGUGGAGGGUUACAGAAGUGCCAUGACAAUGUUUUACCCUGCCUGAAGAACCAUCUCACCAUCUUGGCCUUAAUGGUGAUAGAAGUGACUGUGCAUCACCACCAGCUCUUCUACCGUACUCAAAACCAGCUGACGCCACCAGUUACAGGGACCAUUUUUGAUACCAUCACCCGAGAGCACCUGGAUGAUGGGUUACUCAGCUGCAUCAAGUACUUUGUGAACUACAGUUUCUACAAGUUUGGCUUAGAGAUGUGUCUCAUCGCGGCCGUGAAUGUCAUUAAGCAGCGUAUGGACUUCUACGCCCUUCUCCAUGGCUGCUGGCUGAUCUACCUGCUGCACCGCCACCGAAGGAAAACAGUGGCUGAGGUCUGGCCAAGAUACUGCUGUUUUCUUGCCAGUAUUAUGACCUUUCAGUAUUUGCUGUGCAUUGGCCUCCCUCCUGCUUUAUGCAAAGAUUAUCCAUGGAGAACCUCUCGCUGGACACUCCAUUCCAAUCUGAUUAAGUGGCUCUAUCUGCCUGAUUUUGCCAAGAGACCUGAUGCCAGUUUCCUCCUGUAUGACUUCCUGCUUCUGCUUUUUGCCUCCCUGCAAUGGCAGGUUUUCGAAGAUGAGAACAAGGCUUGUGUGCGCAGAGAGGCAGGAGAUAAUGUGGAGAUCAGCAGCGAAUUAGACCCAGCAGAUCUCAGCCAGUACUGCCCUGUGCCAAACUUUAUCCACUGCAGGUCCUAUCUGGAUAUGGCUAAAGUGGUUGUAUUCAGCUAUCACUUCUGGUUUGUGCUCUGCCUGAUUUUUAUCACUGGGACAACUCGAAUCAACAUCUUCUGUCUGGGCUAUCUGAUGGCCUGUUUCUACUUUAUGCUCUUUGGAAGCAGCCUCCUUCUAAAGCCGGUCAAGAAUAUUCUCAGAUUGUGGGACUAUUUGAUCGCGUACACUGCCUUAGUUAUAGUGAUGAAGAAUCUUCUGGCUAUUGGAGCGUGUGCUUAUCUUGAUAAGUUACUGAGAAACCAUUGUUGGCUAAUACAGACCUUUGGCAUGUUCUGUACUAUCCCGGGCUAUGACUUGGCUCUUCCUGAAGAUGAGAAAUGCGAGCUGCCUGAAAACGAAGCAGGGAUUGUUUGGGAUGCAAUAAGCUUCAUUUUCUUGCUAGUCCAGCGAAGAGUCUUUACGAGCUAUUACUUCCUCUACGUUGUUGCAGAUCUGAAGGCUGCCAAAACUUUAGCUUCCAGAGGAGCUGAACUGUUUGAAGCAAAGCUGAAAAAAGCUGUGGCGCUCAGAUUGGAGGAAGAGAAAAAAUCAUUACAAGCCAUGAGAAGACAAAUGGAACUAAUCAAAUCAAAGCAGAAAAAGUUUGACAGUUUGAAGCAGAAGACACCAAGCCCAGAAGAAACCACUGUGGAACAAUCCGCCAAAGAGCAGCAGUCUCUAGAUCCAGUGAUCCGGGCUGGGAGCUACUAUCUCUUUGAGACAGACAGUGAAGAAGAGGAGGAACAAGGGCAUACAGAAAAGAGGGAGGAAGAACCACCAAAGAAGAAAACAGCAUUCCAGCUUGCCUAUGAAGCCUGGAUGUCCAGCUCUAAAGCAGCUCUAAGAACAAGAAAAGAAGAUGAAACCAGAGAGCAGAGGAAGAAAGAGGAGGAGGGGCAACUGAGACUGGCAGGAGAGGUGAAGUUGGAAUUCCAUGAAGAGAAAGAGGAGAUAUCAGUCACUGAAGAGAAACUAGAUAAGCCAGAAAAUAUAGUUGAAAGAAUAAUCAAUACAAUCAAGUUUACUUGGGUCUUUUUUCAAGCAUUGCUAGAUGAUACUACAGAGGCACUGAACUCACUCUGUAAAAAUAACUUGGACGUAGCAAAUGUAUUGAGAAUUGAAAGGUGUAUGCUAUGGCGAGAAAUUAAUAAGGGAAAAGAAGCCUCACCAGCCACGAUUCUCCAAUAUUACAACCUGAAGAAGAGUCAGCAAGUACAAGAAAGUCCUUCUGGAGGAAAUAAAAUGAAAGGCAUACAGGAAGGUCAGAGUGAAGACACAUCAGAGUGCCAGAAGAUAUCCCAGUGGGAAAUUCUACUGCCUCACGAGAGCAAAACUUACUCUGGAUCUAGGACACCUGAUGAAGUUGCUGUGGAAAGUGAUAGAGAUAAGGCAGGAGAGAAGGUGGAAGAUCAAGAUGGCAUCAAAGGAGCUGCCUCGGAAAUAACCACUCCAUUCCCAACCUGUGAAACCAAGGGUAAUGCUGUUUCUCCAUCAGCUGAGAGGAGCAAGGAAACAGACAGGCCAUUAAAUGAAGUUCCUGUUAUCAUGACUGCCAGCGAGCUGCUUCUGAACAGGAUGUUUCAUGACAAUGAACUGGAGCAGUCCGACAAGUUUUACCAGAAUCUACCUCGAUCCCUGAAGUUGGGCUUUGCUUUGUACAAUGCAAUGGUGUCCAAGUCAGAAAUGCUUUGUUAUUUUGUCAUAAUUCUCAACCACAUGGUCUCUGCUUCAAUCCUCACUUUGGUUCUGCCUAUCCUUAUAUUUCUAUGGGCCAUGUUAUCCAUUCCAAGGCCUACUAAAUUCUUCUGGAUGCUGGCCAUUGUUUAUACAGAGAUAACAGUAGUUGUCAAAUACUUUGCUCAGUUUGGUUUCUUUCCCUGGACCACUAAGUUAUAUUGUGGCAUCAAUGCAGAAGAGCCAUUUGUUCUGCCAAACAUUGUUGGGAUUGAGAAGAAGAAUGGCUAUGUUCAUUUUGAUCUUGUGCAGCUGCUGGCUUUGUUCUUUCAUCGGUCUAUCCUCAAGUGCCAUGGACUAUGGGAUUCCAAAGAUGUCAAUGGGUCUGAUUCUAAGAGCAGGAAAUUUUCUAGGAGGCAAAAGAAAAAGGAGUUUGGAGGUAGCCUGCAGGAAGAUGAGCCUGGAUCAGGGGCAUGGCACCUUUUCAGACAUCACAAUCCCUCAGCAAGUGUCUUCAGAAGAAAGAAGACAGCUCCCAUUAACAGAGGCAAAAUGCAGAAGAAGGAAGCCAGGAAGAAAUGGCCACUUUUCAGAAAGAGUCCCAUCAGCAAGAGGAAACUUCUUCAGCGGAAGAUGAAACAACAGAUAUUGAAAGCAAAGAAGCUGGUGAUUAAAAUUGCCCUUCAAAUCUAUCGACCUAUCAGGCAGUUCUUCUACGACAUAAUUCAUCCGGAGUACAGCCCCGUCUGCGAUGUCUAUGCGCUGAUGUUCCUGGUAGAUGUGAUCAAUUUUAUAAUUGUCAUCUUUGGAUACUGGGCUUUUGGUAAACACUCAGCAGUUGCUGACAUAACUGAGUCCCUGUCAGAAGACCAGGUCCCGGAAGCGUUCCUGGUGAUGCUCCUGAUUCAAUUUGGCACCAUGAUAGUAGACCGAGCCAUUUACCUGAGGAAGACCAUGUUUGGGAAGUGUGUAUUCCAGGUUGUCCUUGUCUUUGGCAUUCACUUCUGGAUGUUCUUCAUAUUACCAGGCGUUACCGAAAGGAGAUUUAACAGAAACCAUGUGGCUCAGCUUUGGUACUUGGUCAAAUGUGUUUACUUUGGCUUGUCAGCCUAUCAGAUCAAAUGUGGUUAUCCAAAUCGGGUCCUAGGCAACUUUCUGACAAAGAGUUACAAUUUCGUAAAUCUAUUUCUAUUCCAAGGGUUUCGCAUGGUGCCUUUCCUUACAGAGAUGAGAGCUGUCAUGGACUGGAUUUGGACAGACACCACACUGAGUCUCUCCAGCUGGAUUUGUGUGGAGGAUUUAUAUGCAAAUGUUUUCAUUAUGAAAUGCCUGAGAGAGUCUGAGAAGAAAUAUCCUCAACCCUCUGGCCAAAAGAAGAAAUUGAUUGUGAAAUAUGGAGUAGGGGGCUGCAUUGUCUUUAUUUUAGUCUGCAUUGUGUGGUUCCCACUGCUCCUUAUGUCACUGGUUAAAUCUGUGGCAGGAGUCACCAAUCAGCCCCUGGAUGUCUCAGUCAGAAUUACCAUUAGCGGUUAUGAGCCAUUAUUCACCAUGAGUGCUCAGCACCGGAAUCUGAUUCCUUUCUCUUCGGCAGCCUAUGAUGACCUGGCUAGUCAAUAUGCCCUUCACCCGUCUGCCAUGCAGUUCAUAGUGAACUACAGCCCAGAGGACAUCGUCGUUGCUAAAAUAAAGAGCAAUGCCAGUUUGCUGUGGAGCAUCAGUCCUGCCAGCCGGGAGGCCAUGAUAGAGGAGCUCUCUGGCUCAACUGCAGUCUCAGUCACCUUUCACUGGACAGUUCUCAGAAUGCUUCCCGGUGUGUUACCAAGAUACCUCAGGGCUAAUGCUGGAGCAGAAGCUAAAACAGCACAUCGCUUGCAAGUUGCUUAUCCUCAUAAACCACACGAUGUAGACAAAAUGGCUUUCUUCCGAAACAUCACCAUAAAACUACAGCAGCUGGCCACCAACUCCUCUUCCAGCCAAGUCACUGAGUGGUGGGUUAUUCAAGAGUGGAUGCCCGUCUGCUCUGGUAAUGCUUGCAGCAAGAAUAUGGAGCUUAUCAUCUACAAUGACAAAGUCAGCCCUUCCAGCCUGGGAUUCCUGGCAGGCUACGGCAUCGUUGGCCUCGAUAUGUCUGUUGUCCUCGUCAUUGGGAAGUUCAUUCGAGAGUUCUUCAAUGGCAUCUCCCGUUCAAUAAUGUUUGAAGAGCUGCCCAACGUGGACCGCAUCCUGAAACUCUGCACGGACAUCUUCCUGGUGAGGGAGACGGGGGAGCUGGAACUGGAGGAACAACUCUUUGCUAAACUCAUCUUUUUGUACAGAUCUCCUGAAACGAUGAUCAAGUGGACCAGAGAGUCAAAGGAAUGAUGACAGCACAAAAGCUUUGUUUAGGAAGAUCAGGUUUAGGAAGCAAGCUGCUUUAGAAAGAAGUCUAACAUUCAGGAAUGGGAGUUGCUAGGACUGUUUCCUCUCCAUAGGCAUAUUUUCACCUUAAGCUUCUCCACAAGUUUCUCACCAAAAUAUACUGUGCUUAGGCAGUAAAUGUACUUUUCAGGCCAGCGACUACUCUUUGCUCAACCAGAGAAGCUGGUCCCCUCCAGACUUCAUCCCACAAUAAUGGGUGCAGAAAGCUUGAUUUUAUUUGCAAAGAAGCCAGAAACUUCCUCACAGCAGGAGAGAUUCUAAUCAGCCUCUGAGCAACUGCAGUUGGGCCAACCAAGUUGAGUGGCACCAAUGGCUGAAGAUAAAUGACAAAGAGAGAAUUUGAACGCAGCUAAUUUACAAGAGCCCUAAGAUUUUAAAGAAACACUUAUAGGGGUGUUCGGACAGGGAGUCAGGAGGCUGCCAGUACUCAUUGGACAAAAGACAGAAAACAGACAAAUUCCAUUUUAUUACCUAAAAACCAACAGUUCAAAGACAAAAUAAAAGAACAGAAUGGGGGCACUUGCAUAAUCAGAGUAUGAUUUCUUAAUGAGACUUAAGGUCCUUUCAUGUCUUAAGAGGUCUAUCACAGCCUUACCAAACUAAUAUUUUACUUUGUUGCAUGGAGAGGUUUCCCAUAGAAUUAUAGGGUUGGAAGAGACCUCUGAAGAUUGAGUCCAGCCCCUUGCUAAAAACAGGACCAAUCCCAAUGAAAUCAUCCCAGCCAUCCCAUCUUGCUCUGCUUUUACAUAGGCACUCAGUGAAAAGUUCAUCCACUUUUUCCUGACUGUAGGCUUGUCUACACUAUGUGGAAGAUUGACAUUGCUGCAGUCCAUCUUCCAGGUUUUAAACUAACACGUCUGGUGAAGACCCACUAAUUCGAACUGAGAGGAUGCUUUGUUGGUGCUGAUAGUCCUGGCUCUGCUCGAGGAGUAGGGGAAGUCGAUGGGAGCAAAUGACUUUCUGAUGUGUGCAUGGUGUGAAAUCACGAUUUAAGAAAAGUUGACGUAUCUUGAGUCAACUUUCCCCUUUAGUGUAGACCAGGCCUGUCAGAAUAGUUAAAAAAUGGGUUUGAAGAAGAGAACAGGAGCCUUGGGCAGUGUUUUGUUAGGUUUCAGAAAGAGUGGGUACCUGAAUGGCAUCCAGGAUGGUACCCUAACAUGGGGAUGAGAGGAUGGAGUAGGGCAGUUUUUACCAAUAGAAAUGUCUGAGGAGGCAGCAGGUACCCAGGCAACAGGGCACUGGAUGGAGCUCCAGGGUUUCUAUAGCCCUUUCUAUAGUAACUUUGAAAAAGUUACUUCCGCCCUCAGUCUCUGGUUCCCCUCUCCUCCUCUGUCCGUCCUGUCUAGACUAGUAGUGCCUCAGGGCAGGGUCCAUCUUUGUGUGUGUGCACAGUACCUAGCCCAAUGGGCCCCAAUCUCUGUUCAGUGAAUUUGGUAUUCUCACUCUAGUGGAAGCUCCCUCUGCGCUUUCAUUCAGCGCAAGUGACAUCCUCUCUUUGGAGGAAAAGGGUGCUGUGGGUCUGAAGUGCAGCAGCAGAGCUGGGUGUGAGAACUUGCACAGUGUAGCCGUCAGUCUCUCAUUUUAUGAACACCCAGUAUUUUCAGAAAUGCGAAUAAUGCCAUGAAAUAUACAUGGAUAUACAGACAGCUUUAAUAAACUUAUACCAUACGUGUGUAAAUCAUAGAAUCCUAGACCUGAAAGGGUCCUCAAGAGGUCAUCGAGUCCAGUCCCCUGCUCUCAUGGCAGGACCAAGCACCGAAAGGUGUCUGGGC